GCCUAAUCUGCUCCUGAGGACCGCGGUCCUAACCAUAGAAGAAACAAAUCUUAUGUCUAUUCAGAUUCGCAGCUGCAUAAGUCACCCCAUACACGUUGCUGGAAACGGUGGUUCUGCACCCCGUCCCGAGAGCCGUCCCUUAACGCCGCCGGACUCGCCGUCAUUGGAAGAGAACGUAUGCCAGAGCGGCAUUGUAUCCGAACGCGCCCGCGCGGCGAAGAGGACUCUGGGAGUUGUAGUCCAGCGGCUCUGCCGCCCUGUUUCCCGUGGUGCCUUGCGGUUCUUUCUCACGUCAGGAGCCGGAGUUUAGAGAGCCGUCAUAAGCCAAGUCCGGGGCUGGGAGGCGGCAGCAGCAUCCGUGGCCGGGGGAAGGGCUGGAGCGGGGCCGGGUGUCAGGCCGGCCCAGGAUGGACUCGGGGGUGUCGGAGCUAUUUGGGGGCUGCUGCCGGCCUAUGGGGGGCGGGAACGGCGGUGCCCUGCGAGGCCGCGCGGGCAGCGGCUCCGGUAGCGGCGGAGGGUCUUCCAGGGGGAGGAAGAAGAACGGGAGACACCGAGGGGGCAAGGCCAACAACCCGCCCUACCUGCCCCCGGAGGUGAGUGAGGCGGGGCUUCGGUGGUCGGCUGUCUUUGCAGGGUCCUCCUCUCGUGUUGCAUCCGAUGGGCUUCUCUCGGGGUUUUCCUCCCGCUUCUGCCUUUGUGGUCCCCCUGACUUUGGGGGAGGUGGCGGCAAGCCCCCUGUGGCAAAUCGGGAUGUGGGGGAAGAGAGGGAGAUGCUGGAAACGUACAAGGCUGGGCUGUGUUUUAGAGGAAAGGGGUAGAAGACCAUCCUACCAAGACUGCAUAGCUCUACCGAAUAGGGCCAUUCGAUAUUUUGGACAGCUGGUACUGCCAUCGGCUUCACACUCGUAGCCCGGUUGUUGUGCUCCGCAGUGUACGCACAUUUCACUUAAGUUGCAGUAUCCUUGGACUGAAAUGUGUGGUUUUAUAGUAGAUUCUUUCUUUCUUUCUUUCUUUCUUUCUUUCUUUCUUUCUUUCUUUCUCUCUCUCUCUCUUUCCUUCUCUCCCCCCCCCCCCGCACUCCUUUUGCCUAAUAGAUGACAGCCACACUUUGAGGUUUCUCUUGACCUCUCUCUGACAGUGAAUGACUUGAGCUCGGAAACUGUAGGUUUCCUGAGUGUCAAAAGGGAAAUAUAUACCAUUUUUGUCAACUUCUAGCAGUGUUUCUUUUCCUCUCUUCCACUUGUGGCGAUUCCGAGUCACUAAAGUUGUGCUUUUAUUGGUUCAUACAGCUGUUAACUUGAAACGAAGGCAGCCAGUCCAAUUUGGAAGGACUAGGACUCUCUUAGACUGAAACUUAAGUUCAUUAGUAGUUCCAAAUGGCGUUAAUGGGCAAAUAUAUUUAGUCCAUAUCUACUUGAAUUGUGGAUGGGAAACUCUGUAUAGUAUGUUGUUCCCAGUGCUAUUUUUCUAGAUAAAGAGGUGCUGGAACUCACCACAAAUGCCUCCUUUGUUCUUUUAUCAUGGCAAUGGCGCCCACCUGAGAGGUGCCGGAACUAAGUUCUGGUGAGUUCUGACUGAAAAAAAGCCCUGGUUGUUCAUGUGGAAAGCUCUGUCUAGCUCUCAUUGAGGUCUUCUGUCCAAUUUAAUUCUCCAAUUAAAAAGGUCAGAUAAUUUGUUAUAUGAAAAACCUUGAACCAAAGCCCAUCAGAUCUACUGCCAGACAGAGUGUUCAGUAUUCAGUUAGAUGGAACAAUGGUCUGACUGAGUAUAAUAUAGGUUUCUUUGAAUUUCAAUGGCAUGCUUCAGUCUAUAGUUAGGGGCUCACAUAAUUGCAUGUUCUUCGAUCCUACUGCUAUCUCUUAACAGUUGCCUGUACGUAGAAAACAUGAUGUCAGGAAUUUCUUUUUAACCUAGUGUUUUCACUAACAUAUAGAUUUCUAUGUGUAGGUGGUCUUUUUUUGGGUUGUGCUAUAGAGAAGCACUGUUAAGUGAGCCCCCACCUGAAACUGUGCAACCUAGAAAUAGGUUUACUACUUCUAUGAGAACUAGUCCCUACUGUGUGUCACCUGGCAGUGGCAGAUUAGCUUGAACGUGGGCUGGACCUUGAUGCAGAUAGUCUAGAGCAGGCAUCCCCAACCUUCGGACCUCCAAAUGUUUUGGACUACAAUUCCCAUCACCCCUACUACUGGUCCUGUUAGCUAGGGAUCAUGGGAGUUGUAGGCCAAAACAUCUGGAGGACCGCAGGUUGGGGGAUGCCUGGUCUAGAGACUCAAGGCUUAAUAAAGCUGUAUUACAGUCUCAAACCCAUUCUGUUAUCCUGGCUCAUUUUCAUUCAAAACUCAUAUAUGCAUACACACAUAUGCCCCUUCAGUUCUUUCAUACUAGUGAAGGCUGAUCUCCAACUGUUCUGUUUCUGUCUCAUCAAGCAUUGAUAGCAGUUGGAAUCAGUGUGAAGCAAACCAUAUAAGAUGUGCAACAAUAUUAUUAAUAAUAAAAACUUGGUCCUUUGUUUUAGGUAGGUGAGCCUUCCUUUCCCCCAGAGAGCAGAAUUAGUCAUUUCACACACACCCCCUGAGACUUUAGUGGUACUGUACUUCCUCUCUGCCCUCAGUUGACUUGAGUGGACUAUUUUGGGGCAUGCCUAAGCUUGUCACUUUUUCUGCAUCACUUCUACGGCAGCUUCAGUAGAUAAAAGUUAAACAACUUCUUGCUUCCUAAAAUACAUUGAUAUGUUGUGUUUCUAAGGCAGUGAUUUCCUAGGCACUCUAAACUCAAGCUGGUGGGGAUGAUGCUACAUGAAUAAAAUAAAAGCUAGAGGAUUGAGUGGGCAUAUUAGGAGAAAAACUCAGCAUUAUACCUGUCUCAUUUCCAGUACUAUGUAGGUGGUUUAUUCCAUGAUGUUGUUUACUAUGUGUUUCCCUUGCCACCAACAUUUUUAGCUAGAAAAUAGCAGCAGGCUGCAUGGAAAGAACUCUGAAUGUGCUCAUAGAGGGAGUGUGAUAUUUACUUCCAGAAAAACAAGAUUAUUUCAGGAAGAAAUGAAAUUUGAGUGGAUCAGAUUUCAUGCUGCUGUUAGUCUUGUUUAUUACACUUCCCUUCUGCACUCACACCACUAUCUCUGAACUAAGAUUAGCAGGGUACAAUUCAAUGUCACAUAUCUACAUUUUAGAGAUAGUCUGGUCUCCCCCACCCCACUUGAGUAAUUUUUAGUACUAGUUAUUAACACUUAGCUCAUAUGGGGGCAGUGGCGUAGCGUGGGGGGUGCAGGGGGGGCCGGCCGCACCGGGCGCAACAUCUGGGGGGGGGGCGCUCGCACUCGCAGCUCUCUGCCCCUACCUGGCUCACUCACUCUCUCUCACUGCAGUGCUGGCUGUGCGAAUCCGAUCCGAGCCGCUGGGUCGCCGCCCACUGUGGAGCGGGUGGGUGCCAGGCGUGUGGUGCGGAGAGAGAGCGAGGGACUAUCUGGGGGAGGGACAGUGCAGCGGCCGCCCAGCGCAGCGCUGAGUGCGGGAGAGAACCACACCAGACCAGACCAGGCAGCAGCAAGAAGAAGCUGGCAGCGGCGGCAGGUUAGGGGUUAGGGGGCGCAAAUUACUUGCCUUGCCCCGGGUUAGGGGGCGCAAAUUACUUGCCUUGCCCCGGGUGCUGACAACCCACGCUACGCCGCUGUAUGGGGGUGUCUUCUGGAGAAAUAUUUUCUGAGUACUUGGGGAAUAUCAGAAGUGGCGAUCUUCCUGUGGAUCUGCCAUGGCAUUGGGAUGUUUUUUGUACUACAAGCUGGUUACUACCGUAGUUUCUUCUCCCUCAGCUGCCUGUCACAUUAGUCAUUCCAAGCUCUGUGUGCUUGAAGGAAGAGACCAGCAUAAGGCACAUUUGUUAGAGAACUAUGCUAUUUGCCAGAGCAGUAUGAGGGUAGUGCAGGAGAAUAUCUUGGGAGGGUGAAAGGAGGAGGAAGAAAUCUUUAAGAAACAGACAGUGCUUGCAGGUGUAUGUCUUCGUUAUUGAUUAAUGAAGCAAGGUGUUUUUCUCCUCAUGUCUAUUCCAGUUUCCAGGCUUACUAUGGAGCUAGAUGGUAGUCAUUUGAACUUGUUUUACAUAUUCAGAAUUUUUGAUAUUGUUGGUCAACAUAAGUUGUUCCAGUUAGUUGUAGAAGCUGAAUUUGUGAGUUCUUACUCCACUUCAAAAAAUAAUGUCUAUCCACAGAUUCAAAAACUGGCAGCCAGCACACAGAUUUCAGGAGGUAUCUUGGAGACAGAGGCCCAGUGAAGGAUUCAAAGUGAUUCAUGCAGGCAGAGUAGGAGACUGGGUCUGUUUGAAAUACUGACCUGAGAUUUACUUUUUCUUAAGAGAAUUAUUUCUGAAGCCUUCUCCGUGAUCUGAGCUAUUACAGCAGCUGGAAAUAUACUACUAAAACUCACAGUCAGCUCUUGUGGCUUUCGUAAAUCUGCUUGUUGUUUUGUUUGCAGAACAGUGAUGACCCAGGCAGGCAUAGUUCUAAAAGUGCACUAUGGGAGCCAUGUAAUUACAGUUUGGUCCUUUUUAUAGAUAUGGAGCCCAGAACUAUAGCAUUUAGCAACUCUUGAUAUAAUUGAUUCUGUCUAAAUCAGGCACUGCUAUGUGCUGGCUUCCCUGAGCUGACAAAUGAGAUGUCAAGAGUUGUAUGUAAAAUGAUGAGCAGUGCAGAAUUCACUAACCUGUGAUGUUUUCUUCUUUUAAUUAGGCAGAAGAUGGGAACAUAGAAUACAAGGUGAGUUACUUGUGGGAUGGGCUCUUGAUACCAAGUUCUUAAGAGCCAUAUGUCAAAUUAUGUUACGAGUCAUACUAGUACCUAGCAAUUAGAGUAUAUUGCUGCAAACAAAACAAUACUUUUUGGAAGAUACAAAGCAAAUGAAAUGUUCGUGCUUGUAUUGGAUAUCUCGUAUUUAAUUUUACUGAAUCUGGGAACCUCUCUUCAAAAACUAAUGUUAAGUAGUAGACAACCUGUAAUAAUUAAUCAAGAUAUUUUUGCUAUCUUGGAUAAUUUUUCAGAUUUGUUACCCAGUGAAUUGUUUUUUCUCUUAUUGAGCUGCCUGGAAUUUAACUGCUGCAUCUGAACUUGACAGAGUCACUCAGAACAAAUGAUAAACUGUUCAACCCAAUGGUCAAACUCUAGUGCAGAACUCUACUUUUUUUCCUUUAAAAAAAAAAGCAAAUUGCUUGCCCAUAUCAGAUCUCCUUGCUUGUUGACUGUAAUCACUCCUUUCUUUGGGCAGCUGAAACUAGUUAAUCCUUCCCAGUACCGCUUUGAACACCUAGUAACGCAGAUGAAGUGGCGACUACAAGAAGGCCGUGGUGAGGCAGUGUACCAGAUUGGUGUAGAGGACAACGGACUGCUGGUAGGACUGUCAGAAGAGGAGAUGCGUGCCUCUCUCAAAACACUGCGGCGGAUGGCUGAGAAGUAUGUGCAUCUGUCCUACUUCUGGGCCAGAGCAAGCAAAUUAUGCUUCAUUAUUUCCACAAAUGAGCUGGCAUUCUGGUUUUGCUAUCCCACAGAAUAUUUCCAGCCUAGGAAAAUGCAUUCCAUGCACCAAGUCCUUUGCCCUAAGGGUUUUUUCUCACAUUACCAUAAUCCCUUAAGUGCACCUACUGGCAAGUCACACUUGUAAGAAGAGAGUGUUCCUUUAAAAAAAAAGAAAUCUAUGUAGUUUCCUUGCACAGCAGGUGCCUGAUUCUGUCUGAAAAGAAGCCAAAUCUGGCUGGUUUCUCACUAAUCAGUGCUAAUACAGUCAGUAUUCCUCUCUAUUAGAUUUAUUUAAUGAGAACUACAUAGUUUGCUAUAUUUGCACACAUUGUUUUAACCCACUUUACUCCUCUAUGGUGAGAACUUUAUAUGUCUGUGUUGUCAUGUCUAGUGAUUUCAAAUGAGCAGCUGUGUGGUCUGGCUAGUAAAUGGUUUGUGAUAUGUGGUGGCGUACAUUUCCCCAGACUCCUUAGUUAUUAAAUUUGGAAAAGUGGGCUAAUAUCUAUGCUGAAAUGUCACAUGUGAAUGUCCUCACCCCCACAAAAUUGGCAAGCAAGCUAUUACUUAAUGGUCAGAGAUUGAUGAGGGCUCGCCAAAUGGGGAAGCAGACAACAUUUCCCCUGAAUUUGUAGGCUGUGUCCACAUGAGGCCUUUCUGAAAGACGCAGCAAAAUAGUCCUGUUCCAUCACCUAUUCAGGAAGUCAUUGCAGUUGAUGUAUUAACACCCAACGGCUUUCUGUUUUAUAAUGUGCAGAGUAGGAGCUGACAUCACGGUGCUACGGGAAAGAGAAGUGGAUUAUGACAGUGAUAUUCCCAGGAAAAUAACAGAGGUCCUUGUCCGAAAGGUCCCAGAUAAUCAGCAGGUAACGCACUCGAUUCAAAUGCCCUCUGAUACAAGCAGUUUGUUGUUUAGAAAGUUGCAACUGGAACUUCAUGUCCCAUGAAGGUAUUUCAAAGGAUGCUCCAUUGGCUAGUGCUUUGGAGAGCUGCCGUACAUCACAGGCAAUUAUACAAAUUGUCCUAGUGAUUUUGAAUCCCUUAGUAUUUUACUCUGCAAGGCAGUCAAGGUCUGAAUCACACCUUGCACUUCAAAAACUCUUGUCUCUAUCGGUUAGUUCUGUUUCGAAAUAUGCUUGUACAACUCUUCAUUUUCCCCUUAAGUUCCUAGAUCUGCGAGUGGCUGUGCUUGGGAAUGUGGAUUCAGGCAAGUCAACUCUGUUGGGUGUCCUGACUCAAGGAGAGCUAGAUAACGGGCGAGGUAGAGCUCGUCUCAACCUCUUUCGGCACUUGCACGAGAUCCAAUCUGGGAGGACGUCCAGCAUCAGCUUUGAAAUUCUUGGCUUUAACAGCAAAGGAGAGGUGUGUUUGUGCUGCUGCAUUGCUGUCUUGCUCCUUUGGUUCAAAAUAUGGCUUCUUGCCUUGGCUUUUGAACGCUCAACAGCAGUGUCUUCCGCUAUCUAGGUGGUCAACUACAGUGAUUCGCGGACAGCUGAAGAGAUCUGCGAGAGCUCCUCUAAGAUGAUCACUUUCAUUGACUUGGCUGGCCACCACAAGUACCUUAAAACCACUAUCUUUGGGCUCACAAGUUACUGCCCCGAUUUUGCAAUGCUGGUGGUGAGCGCUAAUACAGGAAUUGGUAAGCUGCAUGUUUCCUGUUAUGAUUUAAUCAUAUUUUGUAACCUAGGCAUGACACAUCUCGUUCAAAGAUGAUGUGCAGUCAAUAAAAAUCAACACCUCACUCCUUGUAGCACAGUAAUACAUAUGCCCAUUUCAAGCAGAAUGUAAACUGCUCUGGGGUCCCGUCUUCUCAACUUGUUUCCUCCCUGCCAUCCUAUCUCUUGCAGCAGGCACAACACGAGAACAUCUCGGCUUGGCUAUGGCCCUCAAGGUCCCCUUCUUCAUUGUCAUUAGCAAAGUGGACUUGUGCUCGAAAGCCACUGUGGAGCGGACAGUGAAGCAGCUGGAGAGGAUCCUGAAGCAGCCUGGCUGUAACAAGCUCCCCUUGCUAGUAACAUCGGACGACGAUGCCGUCACUGCAGCACAGCAAUUUGCACAGUCUCCCAAGUAAGAAUCACUUGCCCUUCUCAGCGUGGGAGGGAAGAUCACUUGGUGACAUGGGUGGUGCAAUUGCAACAAACUCACUAGAAGAGAGUGGAUUUAAAGAGAAAGGUGCGAGUACCUCCAGGUCUGUGGAAUAUUGCAGUGUGACCAAUGGGAUCACUCUCAUAUUCUACUAUUAAAAACAUGUAUAGAUGAAGUCCUUACCCCACUGGCUUAACUAGGUGGUACAGGCGUUAGUAGCUCUAGUGUUGCAUUAUGGGACUAGAUAACUUAUGCCUCCGAUAUGAUUGCAUCCUGAACUGUUGCAGCUGGUAGUACAUUUCCAUGAGAAGGAGAAACAAGCCAGGUUCUCUCUGUUUUGAAUGGACUUUUUAUGUUUUUGUUGUACUUUAUUUAAAUGUGAAUUGUUAAUGUAAGCCUUCCCAAGGACUCCUGUUACAAGGCAGUAUUUAAAUAGGUAAAAUUAUAAAGGCAAGUGGGACUGGGACUGCAGUACAGAGCUAAGAUCAGACCUAUUUAUGGGCACAGAGCAAGUUUGUGUUAUCCUAGAUGACUCCUCUCAAACUUCUCUGGGAGCCAGUCAUAGGGACUUGUUCCCUGUGCCUAUUUACUUGUAAAAGUCAAGUUCCCAUUGUGUUCAAUGGCAAUCGUACACAGAAUUGCAGCUCACCAUCUUAUUUCUUUCAUGUGUGUUGGCAGCAUCACUCCUAUCUUCACCUUGUCCAGUGUUUCUGGAGAUAACCUGGAUCACCUGAAAGUUUUCCUCAACAUCCUUCCUCCUCUGACAAACAGCAAAGAACAGGAAGAGCUUAUGCAGCAACUCACUGAGUUCCAGGUACACAAGGCUCUCUCGAUGUUAUUGGGAGUCUCAAACAGUAAGUACCUUCAUGUGUCGAGGGCAAGGACAUCUUGGAGAUGGAAGGAUGGUUGCCCAGUGAGAUUGUGGCUGGCUCUUUUUAUGGUUGGCUUUUAUACAAAGAAAUGGAUUUGAUUUAGGUCCCUGGUAUCAUUUAGUUGUGAUUCUCAACCUGUGGGUCCUCAGAUGUUCGUGGACUACAACUCCCAUCAUCCCUGAGUUCUGGCCUUGCUAGCUAGGGGUGAUGGGAGUUGUACUUCAACAACAUCUGGGGACCCACAGGUUGAGAAAGGCUGCGUCUAGGUUAUCUCAUUUGUAGACAAACAUAGGAAACGCCUGAAGAAUGAGGAGUAUUCACUGAGGGCUGGUACCCUGGGAUGCUUGAGACGUGAGAAAUAGUGUAAGGAAGAAAGUGCUCAGGAAUGGGUCCUGAAGACAGAACUGUAUUGACAUUCAUGGGGGGUGGCAGGCCAUAUAGCAGGUCUCAAGCUCCCGAUUUUGUCUUGCUGCAGGUGGAUGAAAUCUAUACAGUACCAGAGGUGGGCACUGUUGUUGGAGGAACUCUGUCAAGGUGGGUGUUGCUAUUUGCAUGGUGCCUUGGGGUCAGUAUUGAUAGGGAGGGGAUGCAGAAGAGCUUCUGUCCCCCAGGGGAGGACUGGCAGUGUAGUUUAGCAUUUCCUUCCCCAUUGUAAGCUUGGGAAUACUGUGCAGGUGGAAGCCGAACGCCUUGUCUCAGUAAUCAAGGGGAUACAAUUUCACUUCAAGGACAGAAGUGACUGUGAAAGAGAAACAAGAAUACAUCCGAAGGGAUUCAUUCCCUGUGGGAUAUAGAGGGUAGUUGAGGUGGGAAAGACUGUAAAGAAACUGCCCCAGGGUAUGUUUUAAGAAGGUAGAAAGCAAAAGCUUUCCCUUUCUAUGAGAGCUAAAUACACACUCCUGAUUUUUGUGCCCUUGCCAGCGGGAUAUGUAGAGAGGGAGAUAACUUGGUGGUUGGUCCAACCGAUGAUGGCAAGUUCCUCCAGCUGAAAGUGUGCAGUAUGCAGCGAAAUCGUUCGGCGUGCCGUGUGCUUCGGGCUGGGCAAGCUGCCACCCUGGCUCUUGGCCACUUUGACCGCUCGCUGCUGCGCAAAGUGAGUCCAUCUCCUAUUUCUGGGGGCUGUGGUUUUAAAAAGCUUUCCCCUACCCUCUUGGGAACCAUGUGUUGUGAAGGGAUGAUAUUUUGAGGGACUGUGGUUCCUCUGGAACUCCUGUUUGAGAAGACACCCUAAAAUGCUGCAGGCAAUAUACUCACUUAAGUCAUUUUGAUUCGGGAUCAGGGGUUGGGAAUAGUUGAAUCCAUGGCUUUGGGUGGUUUGCUUCCACAAAAAACUACAAUGAAGAAAAUGGAGUGAAAGCCAUUGAGCAGAAGGGGGCAAUUAAACACUCCCCGCACAUCCUCACCCACUGUUAGUCUGUCUUCAUCAUGUACACACUUCUUAUCUUACCCUUCCAUUUUUUGGCUUUCUGUGGAGAGGCCAGCUUCCUGCAAAUGGAAAAUUGGGCACUUCAUGAAGGACAGUAGCAGUCCACCUAGUGUGCAUGUAUUGGGGAAAAGAGGAGCACCAUUGUCAAGAGUAUUGGUUCAGCUGUCUUGCUGUCACUUAGGGUAUGGUGAUGGUCAGCCCAGAGAUGAAUCCCACCAUUUGCUCAGUGUUUGAAGCUGAAAUUGUUCUGCUCUUCCAUGCCACAACUUUCCGGAAGGGAUUUCAAGUAACGGUGCAUGUUGGCAAUGUACGACAAACAGCAAUUGUGGAGAAGAUCCACGGGAAGGUAGGUCUUUGAGAAGAGGGGUGCUUUUCUAGUCUAUUCAAGGAAUCAUUCCAUUGCUUUCACUUCUUCAUCCUGCAUCAGUUAUUGUAACCAUGACAUUAGGACUCCCUUCUGCAAUGCCUUCACCAUUUCAGAAGAGAACCUGCAUAGUUAAAUCCACUAGGGGUUUCAUAAACACGCAAAGCAUAUUGGGACUGAAUUGCUCAGUGGCCUUAAACAUCCCCCUCAUUUCCUAGAAUCCCUAAGCUGAGUAGCUAGGUGACUGACCUUGUAACUCUUAUUAUUUCCCUCCUUCAGGAUAAGCUGCGUACAGGAGAAAAGGCUGUGGUAUGUUUCAGAUUCAUUAAACAUCCUGAAUAUUUGAAGAUAGGAGCCAAAUUGCUGUUCCGUGAAGGAGUUACCAAAGGUAUUGGACAUGUCACUUAUAUCCAAGCCAUCACCAUCGAAGAGAAUGGACUGGAUCAGGGCUUAAGUUCUGACCUGGUCACUUUCUGACUCACAAAAUCAGUGGGGUUUCCUGAUGUUAGCAAUAGGGGAAGGGAAGAAAGUCUCUCCCCACUGUCCAGAGCUGCUGCUGGCCAGUCAAUUUACAUGGACAAGCCUCUUCUGCUCCUGCGGAAACUAGAACUGCCGCUUGGAUUGAGUGCCCCUCCUGGAGCGAGUUAAGCAUGUUGUUUGUUCAUCACCUGCUGCUUUCAUGUCCCUUCCCCGGAAUAGAUGAGAGCGGCUGCAUCUUUGCCUGGACCGGCAACUCCUGGUUCUGUUGACUUUUGUUGGGAAGUUACUGCCGGGUAGAGGGCAAAGCCAUUAGUGUGUUGGACUGCAGCUCGGGGAUUCUGCUUCCUGAGGCAGCAAUAGUGGACAUCCAUUGCCCACAGCACUCAGUCUCCAUUGUCCUGCUGCCUGAUUUUUACAGGCUGCCUGUGACAGAUGAAGAAGCUUCAGCUGAAAAGUUUGCAUUGCCCACAGUACAGCUCAGGAUAUUUCUGAUUCAUUUUAAACUGUUUGUUGGUUUCAUUUUAAUCUAAUGGCUUAUUGGGUCUCCCCCUCCCUACUACCGUUGUGUGCUGAUUUUUAACAGCUAAUUUCAUUGUGGGAUUUUUGUUUUUGCUUCUAGAAAAAAUGUGGGGUUGGGGGUGUGGGAGAAGAGGGACAUUUGCCUGAAAUAACCCUGACCUGAUGGAAACCACUGUCCCCAUCUCAUGCAGCAGGUACAAUCACAAACAUCUUAAGACAACUUAUUCCUGGGCAGAGUUGAGCAGCUACCUUAUAUAUAAUGUGGCUUCCUAGAGCAGAACUGCCCCCCCUUUAGCUCUGGCACUUCUCAGUACUUUGCUGGUGGUUUUCUGAGCUGCUGCUGUUCACCAUCUUGACUGAAAGAUUGGUACCGUCUGGCUUUCGUUAGGAGUUCAAUAGCACCCCAAUCCAACUCGUUCCUUGGGAAACAUGCCUUAUUUUCUCAAAGCUAAUGCAGUAAGCGCUGCUUGGUUAUCCCAGGAAGAUUUGAAGUGUUGCUACAAUUACUAUUACUACAAUUAUCAACGCUGCCUACUGCAGCAGUUUGUCUAUAUUGCUGGUAUGCACCACAGAAAACCAUACGAUACCUAAGAUUUCAAUCAGUCCACUUACAGCUAUAGUGAAUGCCUAGAGUUUGCAACAGAGCAAGACAGUCAAACAUUGUGGGAUAUUUUUAACAUUUUGGUAGGAAAUUAUAUUUUAAAAGUCAGCAAUACAUUUCUCGUUUUUGCCUAUCCCCAUCUUAGCCACUGCUGCACUGAGUGUUCAGCUGCUACAGCCAACAUGGCCAGUGAAAACAACGAUCCAUUUUUAUUCACUAUAAAACGCACACCCUUGUUAGUUCACCUCAAUCCAACAGCUGUUUAUUUAAUGCAAGUACUCUUUGAGAUUUAACUUGUAGCUGCGCAACCAUACAGCCAGCUUCCAAGUUGAUGCUUUUUAAGUAUAACCCACAAUCAUUUAUCUUUCUGCUAAUCAUCUUAAUAGCACAAUGGACAGUUAACUAUAAAGUAGUAGUAAACAUGGCCCAGAGCAUCAUGGUUAUCUGCUGAUUAAAUUGGCUUCUCUCUCAAUUGCCCUUUAAUCACUUGGAUUGGUUCUACAAGAGGCAUUUUUGGAUCACUUGUUUUAGAAAAGACAAAGAAAAUUGGCCGCCUAAUGCACUCCUCUAGAGGGUUUGCUGUUACCCAUUGCCACUACAUACUUGUCCUGUGGGAGAAAUAGGUGCUUUUCCUGCAAUUUAUAGUUCUGGCAGAGUUAACCCCAUUGCAGACAAACAUUCAAAGGUGCUCUUUCUGGUUGUCUUUUCCUUGCCUUCUGUUGUGUGAGUGUUCUCGGUGCCAUGCUUUUCAUAUUCACUGUUUGUGGAUUCUUUAAAAAUCAGAGAGGUGUUUUCAUCUCUCUCUAUAUAUAGAUAUAUAAUGUACAAAAUAAAGAUGUUUUAUUGAAAAGAAUAAAAUUGUGCUGUACGGCUGAACAGCAACUUGUGCCAGCAUUGAGAUGCCAGGCAAUAUGUGGAGGCUUUUCUGUUAGUUUUACAUGCAGAUGAGUGUUUACAAGUUGGUAGCACAUGCUUAUCUGACAUUCCGCAGUGCAUGUAGAGAACUAUCGGCCUGACCACAGCAGUUUUGAGUAUAAAGGGGAGGAUUGUAUGCUGCUGCUUGCUUGCAGAGAUAAUGAAUUUUUGAAGGUUUCUCUACUCCCACACUAUGCCAAUAGGUCUCUGGAUAUAGAUAACGCAAGAACUUCUGCCACUUGCAUUUGAAAUAGCAAAGUGCCACACGUUUUGCCAAUUAUAUGACUAGUUCCUUUAUCCUAAUAGCACUGACUCCACCAUCUGUGGGAUGAAGCUCUUGCUUAGCCUGUUUGUUAUGUUAGUAAAACUGCCUAAAAUCGGGUGCUGUUGCUAGCAUUGUUUCCAUCCUAUUGUGGACGAUAACAACGAAACAGGCUGCAAUUUCUAUACAGAAGCCCCAAACCUGCCAAAAUUUCUUUGAACACAUAAAAUUUCCCCUUAUUCUGCUUUACUGGAUAGUAUUUUUGCCUAUGAGGAAAAUUCCUUUCCAGCAAUUUCCACAGAAAAGGGAAAAAAGCAGACCAAGGUUUUAGCAGGAAGUAAAACAAAACAAGACCAGAUAGAUAUCUUGUGUCUGUAACCUGUGCAUAAUAAUGCACUCUCUAAAGCCCUAUAACUAGUUUGAAAUCCUGUCCCUGAUACCACUGAGUGCUACAGGCUGUUAGGUUUUGCACUAGCAGUAACCACAUUUCCAUGGUUCCAGAAGUGUAGCUGAAGACUUCAUACAUCAUGGGUUUCAUAUGGAAUAUACGUACUUAACUAUAGAUCACAUCCAAGGAAUUAGAAAGCUGCAAUUGGACACUUUUAUUUAUAUCCUACCUGUCCUCUAAGAAGUUCAAAGUGCCAUACAUGGUUCUCCCUUCCCCCCUCAUUUUAUCCUCACAAAACCCCUGAGUCAAAUUAGGGUGAGAGGCUAACUGGCUCAAGGUUGCACAACAAGUUUCAUGACAGCGGUGAUUUGAUCCCUGUUCUACCAUCUCCUAGUCCAAUACCCUAACUGCACCAUGGGGCAAUAAUUGUAUAUGUUUGUUACUAUCCAGGUAGGAAAGUUAAAGGUGUAAAACACCCUAAAUCAUACUGGACAACUUUAUUUAAAUAAGGUCCUGCUUUUUCAUAUAGAUAAAACCUAUACUCAUCAAGUAGAUAUUUAAUCAAGCCAUCAAAUUAAAGUACAGAUGUUAUAGAUUUGCCUCAACUUUCCAUAUGUAUACACUGGUUUCUACAUUUUAUUUCAUAAAAUUUAUACACCACUCGAUUGUAAAAACAAACAAACCUCAAAGUGGAAAAAUUCACAAGCAUACUUUAAAAUACACAAGUUAAAAUAUUAAAGACAGAUU